UGCCGUUGCGCCCGACCACCCCUUUCUUCCCCAGCUGGCUCGGGGCUCGCCAUCGCCACCGGCCCGCCGCCGCCUUUAUUACCGGUUUACCACGCGACCCACCACUGUCCAAGAACCUCUCUUGGUCUUGGGUUAGCAGCAAUGGAGAGACAGAGGAGCGGCUCCUCCCCCGGCCACCUCGCGAGCCCCAAGAGCCUCCUCCUGCUCUCCUUCGUCUCCUCAUCCCUCCUCUUCUCCUUCCUCUUCUCCAUCUUCGCCCUCCGCUUCGGCCGCCCGCUCCACCUCCCCUUCGCCGCCCCCGUCGGCGCCAACGGCUCCGCGCCGGUUCGCGGUGGCGGGGGUGCCGGGGCGGAUGUCGAAGAGGAGGCGUUUGUUGGUGGGGGCGGGAGCGGGGGUUUGGGGGAAGGUUCGGCUGCCGAGGCAAACCGCCGCGGCCGUGCUGGCGAUUUACCCGUGGGCUCAGGAAUGGAGGUUGACGAAGCGGUCCCUGGAGGCGGUAAUGCUGAAACCCCCGCGGGCGCGGAUGGUGCGGUUUCGGAGGGGCCGGAGGUUGCGGAAGCUCGAAGCUAUUCUCCGCGAGUCUUGGAUUCAGAAAUGGGGGCGAAAGGAGUUGUUCCAGGAGGUGGAGUCGAUGAAAAGCUGGCGAUGGAUUCCGUCGAAGUCGAGAACCCGGGCAAAGAUGAUGCCGGGUUGACAGUAGGCAAUGAUUCUGCUUCCCAUGGGGCAGCAGCAUCGUUAGAGAAAUUGGAUAGAGCAAAUUCUGCCCAAGCCGUCAAUUUAUCCACGCAAGAUUCAGGUGCUGGAGUGGGAACAGAAGGCGAAUUCCUGCGCCGUGGCCACGUUGAAGAGAAGGGCGAUUCCUCUGUACAAGCGGCUUAUGCUUCGCAACAAGCAGGGCAGUGGAAAGCCUCAAACCAUUCAGCUGCAGAGAACAGCUCAGGAGAAGCUCCGGCCAAUCCAAAGAAGCAAGAUGUUGAUAUGAUUCAGGAAGCGGCUCGGAGAAAAACUGAUUUGGCGAGAAGCGACGUGGCACCGUGCGAUGUUUACGAUGGGAGGUGGGUAUUCGACGAGAGCUAUCCACUUUACACAAGCAAUUCGUGCCCCUUCGUCGAUGAAGGAUUUAGCUGUGAGGCGAAUGGAAGAACGGAACAGAAGUACACUAAGUGGAGGUGGCAGCCAGCGCACUGCGAUAUCCCUAGAUUUGAUGCUAGGAAAGUGCUUGAGAUGCUGCGUGGAAAGCGGCUAGUGUUUGCAGGGGAUUCCCUUAACAGGAAUCAGUGGGAGUCCAUGAUCUGCUUGCUGAGACAGGCAGUCUCGGAUCCUUCAAGGAUUCGUGAAGCUCGUGGGCGCAGGAUUACUAAGAAGAAAGGGGAUUACAACUUCAAGUUCCUGGACUACAAUUGCAGUGUGGAGUACCAUGUCACACAUUUCUUGGUACAUGAAGGCAAGUCAAGAAUCGGUCAAAAACGUACAAGGACGCUGCGGAUCGAUACCAUUGACCGGAGCUCGUCAAGUUGGAGAGGGGCCGAUGUGCUUGUGUUCAACACUGCUCAUUGGUGGUCUCAUCACAAAACAAAAGCUGGAGUAAAUUAUUAUCAAGAAGGGGAUACAGUACAUCCCCACCUUGAUGUAUCCACGGCUUUCCACCGAGCACUCACCACAUGGGCGUCAUGGGUCAACCGUUACGUCAAUCCACAGAAAACUCAAGUGUUUUUCCGAAGCUCUGCUCCAUCACAUUUCAGCGGCGGGGAGUGGAACUCCGGGGGGCACUGCAGAGAGAGCACAAUGCCUCUUAACGACACCCGUGCAAGGCCGGUUCCUGAGAUAAAUGCCAUUUUGGAACAAGUGGCGAAGCAAAUGAGGACUCCUGUAACAAUUUUGAACAUUACCAAUCUAUCUGGGUUGAGGAUAGAUGGCCACCCAUCUGUGUAUGGGAGAAAAGCAGGAGAGUUGACAGCAUCGAGCACCCAGGAUUGCAGCCACUGGUGCCUUCCUGGAGUGCCGGAUACAUGGAACGAGUUAUUGUUAUACCAUUUAGCAUCCUCGCACGAAAACAAUAUUGCAAGUUAAUGACAGAAUAUUUGUCCCUUCCUUUUUUUAUUAGGAUGGGACCUUACAUUUCCGCCUGUAAAUGUAUCUUCGUUAUGUGCUCAA